GCACCCCGCUUUCUAACUAGUUUCAAUGGCAAUUUAGGGGUAAAAUGGAGUCUGAUAUCGGAGUGCGAUUGCCAAUGUUAGAUUUAUGUUGUCCUCAACGUUAGCUAUUUCGGAAGGGGUUUGGUGGCACCUUUUAAGUGUUAGGAAUGGCUGUAGUUAAUGAUCAGUUUUAACUAAAUCUCAUUAAUAUAUUAAAUCACGCUGGAGAUUAAUUAGGUCAUUAUGCCUCAGCCUUAAACUGCUCUUCACUUAGCGUUAGCCAUAUGUGCAUUUGGACUAAGCGGACUUUAUAUGAUGGAGUGGUGAAGAGAAAUAACGUUACUCCAUAAUCGUUUUGAUCGUAACAUGUAACUACAGCCGGGUUCGAUGACCUUUCUGUUUUCUAAAAAAUCAUAUUAGCUCUUUUUAUGCAUACAUUCCCUGUCUGGGAGGUACUUAAAUUCCUUUAGUUCAGCCACUUGCAGUUUGCUUGAAUUUAUUUCGGAUUCAGUUUAUUUUCCACUAAACUACGUAAGUCCUAUCAACAGUAUGUCUGUACCUUCACUGACUGACAAACAACCUAAUGUACUUCACAUGGUUUUUAUACCGGGCUGUUAUCCCGCCAAAUGUCUGUCCUGGGAGCGAUAGGAUCUGUCAGUUUAUUUUACUGAACCAGACGCUGAGCUGUACGUAACAUCUAAACAUUAAUUCAGUUGUUUGUUUGUAAAGGAAGGCGUCUUCUUCAGUCAACAAACCAUCAGAUGAUCUUAAUCAGCUCCGUGUGGUGAAAUUCCAGAGGAGGCUACCCAGAGUGCUGGUGGAGCAGACAGUUGAGGGAGGGCGCGGGCCGAGCGGGAGAGUGGAGCCGGAACCGCAGCGAGACAGGAGGCCUUCCCCCAGGGAAGCCCCUCCCCUCCGCGGAAGUGCAGUCAUCGCUGUCUGUAAUGAAGUCUCAUGAAGUCCCCUGUUGCAGCUGACGUUCCCGGUCAGCAGGAGAUUCCGGUGCCGACUGAGGACAACAGAGGAGUGCGAGUCCUGCUCACAAAACAGGACUUCACUUCCCAGAUCCCACCUGGAUACGCUCCACGCUCCUUCCCUCCUGUCAGGCUGUGUCCUGAUCAGCCCCAGCUCUAAACUCCUGCAGCGAUGUCCAGCCGAAGGAAGUCUUCCACACCCUGCAUGAUCCGUGUGAGCGACACCAUUGAGGAGGACGUUGCGACGGAAAUCGAGGAGGCCCCCACGGAUGACGUGGUGGAGUGCACGUCUUCCCGACUGGAGGACUGGAGGCGGCCACCAAGCACCCCUUUGGAGGAACAGCGCAUCCAGCCCCAGGAGAAGGAGACCGUGGAGGAGGAAGAGGAGGAGGAGGAAGAGGAGGAGCUGCUGAGGGAACCAGCACAGAGGCCCCAGCAGAAGCAGCACGGAGGCUACGAGUGCAAGUAUUGUCCUUUCUCGACCCAGAACCUGAGUGACUUCAAGGAGCAUGUGGACACGACCCACCCCAAUGUGAUUCUCAACCCGCUGUACUUAUGUGCCGUAUGCAACUUCAGCACGAAGAAAUUCGACUCCCUCACGGAGCACAACGAGACGUACCACCCUGGCCAGAGCAACUUUAAGUUUAAGAGAAUUAAACUCAACAACCAGACCGUUCUUGAACAGACAAUCGAAGGUGUACACAAUUCAGUUGACCUUGACAAUGAGGACACAGAAACUGUGAGUGGUGUUCCAGAUUUCACUCUGAGCAAAUCAACCACAGUGAAAGCUGCUAAGCCAAAAGCCGAGGAGAAGCACAUUUUUGGCCAAGGCAACGAAUUGCAGAAGCAUUUAGAAAACCUAAUGUCGAAGGAUCAGAUCACUGCUGUAAACGUGAACGGCACUGUAUUAAUUCCUGACCCGACAAUACUGCAAGGACUCUCACACGUUAUGCCUUUACUUCAGAGGCCCCCCAACUUAAACUCUGUACCAAAAAUCGCUGUUCCGCUGAACACCACCAAAUACAAUCCCUUGCUGGACAAUAAUGCCAUCCUCAUUACGUCUUUCAACAAGUUCCCCUAUCCUACCCAUGCCGAGCUCUCCUGGUUAACUGCUGCCUCCAAGCACCCAGAGGAGCAAAUCAAGGUGUGGUUCACCACCCAGAGAUUAAAACAAGGAAUCACAUGGUCACCAGAGGAAGUGGAGGAGGCCCGUAAGAAGAUGUUCAACGGCUCCAUCCCACCUGUGCAUCACACCUUCACGGUUCUGCCCGACUCUUUCAGAGAGCAGGCGACAAGCAUCCAGUCCCUUGCACAGGCGGUUUCUGGCGGCGCCCUCAGACACGCGGGACAGCUGCUGACAACCACCGCAAAUCGAACGUCCCUCACAUCAGCUUCUGUUACUGUGACAACGGUGAGUCAUGUGCCGUCUCUCAAAAGGCCUUUGGCUGCUCCUUGCUUGCCCGCAGAAGUAAAGCGGGCUAUGUUACCCCCUGCGGAUGACCCCAAAGAGAAAUUACCCAUGGCGCCCCCGCCGCCUCCCCCGAAAGAAAGGCUGCCGAUGGCACCACCCCCAGUGCCUCCAGAGAUCAAGAGACCUCUGUCUUCUCCGUUUUUUGUUCAUGAAAUUAAGAGGUCCAUUGCUGCCCCCAUCGUGUCCCUGAAAGGAAAACCUCCCGUGGCUCUUCCUCUUGUGGUCCCUAAAGAGCGGCUGCCCAUGCCCCCACCACUGAUGCUGCCCAAAGAAAGACUCACCAUGUCACCUGCAUUUUCCGCCGAGAUAAAACGGUCUAUAGUCGCACCCCAGAUUAAAAAUCACACGCCUUCCCUUCCGGUCAUCCCCAAAGAUAAAUUCUUACCUUCUACUUUUUUGCCUUCUGAUGUGAAGUUACUACCUAUGGCACCUCCACUGGCAGUGCCUCAAAUGAAAAGACCAACAAUCAUUCAGACUGUGCGAGGUCCCAGUAAGACACUACCGCUGGCCCCUACAUUUUCACUGGAGAGCAGGCUUCUAAAAGAACAGCCUGCGGAGCCGAAAGGGGAAAGCAGACAUUCAGACAUUAAGGAAGCUAACGGCGUCUCUCGGGGCGAGGUGAAGAGUUGGCUCCGUGACCACCAGGGCUGUCUCAAUGGCUCUCUGCACAUGAAGAAUGACUUGGUGCCGAAGGAGAGGCCAAAGCCCGUCCCUACUCAGUUUCCACUUCUGGAGAGGGUGAAGGGGAAGACCACUGAGCAGCUCAAGAUCAUGGAGGAGAGCUUUCAAAGAAACAGCUUCCCCUCUCACGGUGAAGUGGACAGCCUGGCCACUGUCACCAGGCUCUCCAGGGAGGAGAUUGACAGCUGGUUUCUCGAACGCAGAGCCUUGCGAGACAACCUCGAACAGGCCCUGCUCAACUCCAUGGGAGCAAAGAGGCUGGAUACUUUGGAGAAGAGGCAGCAGCAACAACAAAAACAGCAUGCAGCCCUUAAUGGAACACACAAGCCAGGAGGGCCCCCCAUGAGCCCACUCCGUCCAAUAAUUGCACCCCUCAGCUCCCCCUUGCACCUGGAUGGCAAAUCUCUUGGACUUCUAAAAGAUGUGUUUGUCCAAACCCAGUGGCCAUCACCUGAGGAGUACAACAUGCUGGAAAGCCAGAUUGGCCUGGCUCGUACAGAUAUCGUCCGCUGGUUCAAAGACAGUCGGUCUGAGCUUCGCAAUGGAACUCUGGACUGGCCGGAGUUGAGCCAUAAGUCGCACAGCGGCGGACCGAAUGGCCAGGGGUUGCCUUUGACUGCAGAUCGCGGUGGGAGCAAGGUCAUUCAGCGUUGUCAAGAAGUAAAGAUAACUGGGCUGGAUAACUCUCCAGGGCUGAGGGAUUGUGCCAAAUUCAACAGCCAAGAGAUCAAGGAAUGGUUUGCCAACACACUGGGCCAGAGCGUGCCAGACCUAGGUAGAAACGGCGGUCAAAAUGGCGGCGGGAGAGGGGACUGUGGAAGCUGGGUGCAGGAUCCCAUGAGAAGAAAUGCUGGAGGAGUGACUCAAGAGCUGGUCUCAGACACUGAUUAGGUGGCGAAGGAAUCCCCAGAAGAGAAGAGACUUUAAAGAGGUGACGAUUGUUGCCGCUGUCAUUUGCACAGAAGAGGGAGGAAGGAGAGAAAGGAAGGAGAGGAAGAGAGAGGUUGAAUAUUAAAUAUUGUAUUUUUGGAACCAAUGAUUUCACUCUUGCACUCUCACCAUCUUAGCCUGCGCGUAAUGUUUCCAGGAUGCUGUAGGAACGUUGCAAGUAUUGUUGGGCGUUGUGUUUUUUUUUUGUUUUUUUUUAAGAAAAAAAAAGUAAAAUAAACAAAACACUGAUUUGGGAUGAAAGCGGAGCUACAGAAAAUGCACUGUUAAGUGCUUCUGAAGUACUGACAAGGUAGUGAUUCGUUGAGUGCCAAAGUUGGAUCUGCUGCAUUAUUACUUUUAAAAAAAGGGUUCUUGUACAUAUAUUUUUCUGUAUUGCUACAGAUUUGUAAAGUUUUGGGGGAAUUUUGUUACAUUUUAUAAUGGGAGGAACUGUCCCCCACCCCCCUUCCCCACUCUUUUUUGUGCUCCGGCUGGUCUGUACAGUGGCAUGUCCUACAUUUUUGUAAUGAGACUCCGCGAACCACGACAGAACCAUUGGCAAUACUUCAGUCAGUUCCACCAUUCUCAACUUCCGUUGCAGUUUUUUUUUCCCCUUUCGUCAGAUGGACUUCCUUUGAACCGAAUCGCGUUUAUAACUGGACUGAGGUGCUGUUGCACUCUCUGGACACUUCACCGUUGCUCUUGAUGUGAUCACGCUUCUGUGACCAACUGACAUUUGUGGAUU